AGCGGAACACCUGCGUAAAAUAUGUGAGUAGUCAUUAUAAUUUUAUCUACGAUUGUGGACCCUAUUCACGGUCAGAAAAUUUAAAAAUAACUGCAGUUAAUGGUUGUAUAAAUAGAAAUACAAAGAGAAGAAAGUGGCCUGAAGAGUGUGGUAGAAACCAGUUUGCUAUUGGAAGGGUGGGUUGAGCAUUCGGCAAAGUUAGGUAAGAAGUUAGGGGGAAGAAUUGAAAGUAAUUGAGAUUAGGUAGUAAUUCAGAUUGCAUUUUGUUUAGAAGAGUCAAAGAAUGGUCGGGUGUUAGUUGCUUUAUAAUGAUGAGCAAUCAUCCGGCUAUUUAUCGCCAGUUUCAAUGAGAGACCAUCAAAUUGAUAUAAUUCAACAGGAUGCAAGGGAUAAAUUGCGAAUUUAACAGAGAGACACGCAUACGGGCAUGGAAUGGAUGUAAUGAGAGGAGAACGUGUAGAACGGAACCAUGUAGAACAGCGGGGCACCACUCCGAAAAGCCGAUCUUCGUUCUUCGGCACAAAAUACACGUUCCUCGCUUUUGCUUCGAUUUUCUGGGUGGGGGGGACAAAGAGAGUGGUUGGUGUUUCCGUUGGCUUCGGCAUAUGCACACACCGUAGAUAUAGAACCACAACACGUGGGUUUAUUGUAGUUAAAACCAUGACAGUUGUGUGACUGGACCCCGGAACACAGACCUAAAACUAAAACAAGUGUGUAGUUUCGAAUUUUGUAAAUUAAGACGCGCUCUCUCCGCAAAAGGAAAGAAAGAAAAGAAAAAUAAAAAUGGGUAAGGCGAAGAGUGAAUCGUCUCUGUCGACGAACUCAGGGGUUAAAAUGAAGAAGGAACUCUCCCUCAUCGACGGGGUUGCGAUUAUCGUCGGCAUAAUCAUAGGUUCGGGAAUUUUUGUGUCUCCGAAAGGUGUUCUCAUGUAUUCCGGAUCUGUCGGGGAAGCAAUCAUAGUAUGGAUACUGUCCGGCUUUCUCUCUAUGAUCGGUGCCCUUUGCUACGCAGAAUUGGGUACGAUGAUUCCGAAAUCUGGUGGAGAUUACGCGUACAUUAGUGAAGCGUUCGGACCGUUGCCGGCGUUCCUUUAUCUUUGGGUAGCCCUCUUUAUCUUAGUUCCUACAGGAAACGCUAUAACGGCAAUCACGUUUGCCCAAUACAUUUUGCAACCGCUUUGGCCGACAUGCCAACCACCGUACGAAGCCGUCCGCUUGUUGGCCGCGGCCACCACGUGCAUAUUGACCGUAAUCAAUUGCUAUAAUGUGAAAUGGGUGACCAGGGUUCAGGAUGUGUUCACUGCAACGAAAAUAUUUGCUCUCUGCAUCAUCGUAAUUGCUGGCAUUUACUACCUAUGCAUCGGACACGUCGAGCAUUUUGCAGACCCGUUUGCAGAGACGAACACGAAGCCCGGUUUCAUCGCAAUUGCUUUUUACUCUGGUCUCUUCAGCUACUCCGGAUGGAAUUACUUGAAUUACGUCACCGAAGAACUGAAGGAUCCAUACCAGAAUUUGCCCCGAGCCAUUUGCAUCUCUCUGCCGAUAGUCACCAUCACGUAUGUUGUUACGAAUAUCGCAUAUUUCGUGGUGCUGAGUCGCGAAGAGAUUUUGGCUUCGAAUGCGGUCGCUGUGACUUUCGGCGAUAAGAUGCUCGGAGGUUUUUCCUUUUUGAUGCCAGUAUUUGUUGCCUGCUCGACGUUCGGCUCGCUGAACGGGGCGAUCUUUGCCUCUAGCCGUUUGUUCUUCGUUGGAGCCAGGCAAGGACAUCUACCAAGGGCCAUCGCUCUGAUCAAUGUGAAGAGACUAACGCCGAUCCCGUCGUUAAUUUUCAUGUGUUUGAUCACAUUAUUUUUGACAAUAAUAGAAGACGUCUACGUGCUAAUAAAUUAUGUUUCUUUCGUAGAAUCUCUGUUCAUAAUGAUUAGCGUCACCGGAUUGAUAUGGAUGCGGUACAAGAGACCCGAAAUGGCACGUCCGAUUCGCGUGCCGAUGGUUCUGCCGGUCCUCUUCUUCAUAAUCUGCGCAUUUUUGGUAACGUUCCCCUGUUACGUGACUCCCGUCGAGGUCGGCGUCGGUCUUGCCUUUAUACUGUGCGGCAUUCCAGUCUACUAUGCGACCAUAGCUUGGACCAAUAAGCCUGCGUGGAUGGUGAAAUCCUACGACAAUUUCACGAAUGCUUGCGCCAAGCUCUUCGUCUGCGUUCCGGAGCAGGCGCACACAUCAUAACACUUGGUGAUAUUAUAGUUUUACAUAAGACAAGAUAACCAUUGACAUACAAGUACAAAAUAUUUCAAUGAGGCUAACUAUAUUUUACAUCUAUUGACUAAUGCUUGUUUGCAUUAUCUCGAUGAUGAAAAGUAUGCAAUGAAAUUGCUUCCAAUAUAUUAAGUAUUUUUUUAUUAUAUAAAUAUAUAUAUAUAUAUAAUAGUUUAUAUUAUUCAAUCUCAUUUUGUUAAGUUAUGAAAACGAACGUAAUUUAA